GCCACCAUGUGAGGCACCUCACGAGUCCAAGCCAUUUCGUUCGAUACGACUCGAACAAGAAGCUUCGCAAGCUUUACGAACGACAACACGAUGCUCAACACACAAGUCACCUUGGCCGAUCAGCCGGUGUCUCCCACAGCGUCCCACGCGGACGUUGAACAAGUCGUCAGGACGAGGUGUAGUGGCACUGUAACAAUCUUGCAGUUGAAGUGCUCUUCGAACGGUAUUUAAGGGCUGAACGAGGUGGGGCAAACUAUCCAGCUUCACAUGAUGUUCGCGUCUACGUCGAAACCGGUCUUCACCCUUUGUGCAUUCUUCCUCCUCCUCUCCGCUCAGGUUGUUCAGGCAGCCAACUCCUUUGCCGGAUCCAGCCUGUAUUAUGCGGCAGGCCUAUAUGAGGACGACAGAACUACCCUACUCAAAGGGCUGCAAAGCGCCGGUCUGAAGGUGCUUCGCGUGUGGAUUGGCGGUCAGUCCAGCAGCCAGAAGGGAACCAAGAUCAACCCUUUCAAUGACCUCGAGCCCAACACUCCUUGCAACGGAGAUGAUUCUUGCUACGAUGACACGGUCCUCGAACGUCUCGACGAUUUCAUGGUGGCGGCCAACUCCUACGGAGUCAAGCUCCUGAUCACCAUGCAUAGCUACAACGCUCUGGGGAGUAACGACGCCUACGGCAAGUGGUACGGUAUCGGCGACUUCUACUCGGACGACGAGGCGCAGACCUACUUCGACGCCCGUCUCGACCAUAUCCUGAACCAUGUGCAUACUUCGCUCAAUAAGCCCUGGAAGGAGUUGAGCGACUACAUCUUUGGAUUUGAGGCUGAGAACGAAGCUAUGAUUGGGGAUGGCCAAUCCUUCGUCGAGGCUCAUCAGCAAUGGCAGUGCGACCGUGCCGGGACGAUCAAGGGUCAGCUUGGCGAUAACAGUGGGAUUCUUGUUUUGACUGGCGGAGAGUCGUGGCUGUCCGAGUCUGUCCAACCUGGGUUUUUGAGCUGCGAUGCAUUGGAUGUCAUCUCGAUCCACGCCUACGGUACCGGAGAUCUCACCACAUCCGCCUUGAAGCCAUACGUUUCGCAAGCGCAGUCCGCUGGCAAGAAGCUAAUCUUGGAAGAAUGGGGUGCAUGCUACUUCGACACCUCCAACAACGACUGCCCUACGGGAGAUGCUCUGAAUUCGGACACGCGCAACGGCAACAUCAUUAACUGGGCCGAGCAAAUUGACGCUGCGGGGCUUCCUUGGCUGUACUGGCAGGUUCUCCCCAACGCUGACCCUCACAGCGGAUACGACUACGAGAUCGGCCUUGUGGACGACCCGUCCUGGAGCGCCCUCCAGCAGGCCGCGAAAGCGGCCGCACAGGCCACAGCCGCGUUCGACUUUUCGGCUUACCUUCUGUGAAGCGUCCAACGUGCCGGGGGAAGGCGGGUCGAAGCGGAUAUGUAUGAACAGUGUAUUCGUACUUUUAUCUUCUUUUUUUUUUUGUGGAGCGUUGCACCUCUCGGCGCUGGGCCUGUAUUACUUACUGUAUGAUGUUAGUGUACUUACAACCUUGAGACUACACUUCUGUUAGUGGUCUCUGAUUUACCCACUCUUGCUGCCCUCGUAUUUCUCUGACUAUCGACAUCACUCAUCUGAACAUGUUUGCAAUUUAAUC